AUGGCUGAGAUUGGCCUUGUUGCCGGCGUCCCCUCGAGAGAGUUGCUGCAUCGAAUGAGGAAACACAAAGAACCAGGUAUCCAAGCAGACCUCCAAGGUAUCCUGAACCAUGGAGACAACCAUAUGCACGAUAUCCAGCCGCCGCCGCCGACCCCAAAGCCGGCCGAUAAACCCGUUGUAAUAGCUGGCAGAAGAGGAAAGCUCGAGCUUGAAAUCCAAGAAGCAACCGAAAAACUCUCCCUUUUCCAGAAGAGGAGAGAUGAAGCGGCCAGGACCAAGGAUCACACCCUCAAAUCGGAUUUGGAAUACUACGCCAUACCGAAUAUGGAAGCUCGGAUCGAAAAGCUGAAGCAAGAGCUGAAUCCAUGGGUUGACGAUUACCAGCAGAAGAGAGACGAUGAGAAGAGAACGGCUACUGCUUCCGCCUCUGCCAAUACCGAGGCUGAGAAGGGGCAAAUUAGCCAUAACGCCGAAUUGCAAACAGACAGCGAAUCAAGCAGCGAGGAGGAUGAGCCCGACGAGUCCGAAGCAGACAUGGACAUUUAUGAUUGA